CUCCCCGACUGCAUUGACAUUCCCAGGCAAUAUGCCCAUGAAAGCCUAGCACCUGGACCUCUCUGCUCCUCCGAGGCCUUUCUCAGACCCAAACUGCAAUCUUUGCACAAAUUCAUUCUUGUUUUCCCCUCUGUAUCGCCAUCUCUGUCACUCCAUACUUCAACUUCUAUACAAAAAAGAACUUUUUUCUUCAUCUCCAUCCCUGACAACCCAAAUUCCACACUUUCCAUCACUUUGCUUUCUAUUUCAUAUACAUCCCGGCAGUUGUUUCCGUCUCCGAUGAAUCAUGAAGCCUCUGCUAAUUCGCAGCUUCCAUUAGGCACUGGGCCUGCUACGGUCUGUUAGAAGAGGACUCUACGAAGAAGGCAGAGUCCUCAAGGCAGUGAUAUGACCUCCCAGCCCAACAGAAACGCCCACCUGGCGGUCACGGCAGAGAAAGGUGAACAAAGGCGUCACCUUGCGCCGAAGCGGAACUCCAAGAACGACCGCCACACCAAGGUGGACGGCCGCGGCCGCCGGGUCCGCAUGCCCGCCCUCUGCGCCGCGCGCAUCUUCCAGCUCACCCGGGAGCUCGGCCACAAAUCCGACGGUGAGACCAUCCAGUGGCUCCUCCAGCAGGCCGAAUCCUCCAUCAUCGCCGCCACCGGGUCUGGAACCAUCCCGGCCUCUGUCCUCACGUCGUCGUCCGCAGCCGCCAGCACCAAUCUGGCCGAUUCCGCCACGGCGUCCUCCGGCCUGCACCACAACAAGUUUCAAGAAUCAGGACAGAGCAGAGUCAACUGGGCCACGUUCGGGCGGCCGCACCCAGAACUGUGGCUGCCGCCGGUCGACGGAUUCGACACGAGUUUCUUCCAUUCGGCGGCAGCCGCGAUGCCUGUGGCAUCGAAUUUGCCGAGAAUUGGAUUUCCUGCUUUGGAAUUCCCUGGAACUAAUCCCAAUCAAAUGAGCUUCACGUCAUUGCUGGGCGGCCAGAGGCCGCCGAUGCCCGGAUUGGAGCUCGGAUUAUCACAACAUGGGCAAGUUAGGAUUUUCAAUCCUCAGGCACUGAGUCAAUUCUAUCAGCAUAUAGGGCAGGGCAGUGACCAUUUGCAUCUGCAUCAGCAUCAGCAGGUGCAACAAGAACCGCAACAAGAAUCUCCUACUCCUAACAAAAAAUCAAAGGUGUCUGCAGAGUAAGGAAGAGCAGAAUAGGAGAGGGGUUUUGCAGGAGAAUCGGGUGAGAGAUGCACAAGAUUUGUCAGGAGAUAAUAGAAUUCCUUUGUUAUUCUUGUUCUGUUGGUUCGAUGGUUCUCUUGUUUGUUCAAAGGUAUUGGAGAGAGAGAUGAUGAUGGUGAUUGAUGUUAUCUGCACUUGGUUUUAAGCAUAGAGUUGGUUCUGCCUCCUCUUUGCAUGCAAGAGAUCACAAGAGGGCCCCUAAUCAAUGUUUUGAUUGCAGAUGCAUGCAGCUGAAAUGCUUGGAAGGGAAUUAAAGUAAGGAUUUUAUCUUGAGGUUUGUAUAUAAAGUUCAAAGCACCAUUUGGAAAUUUUUAUUGUUUGGUUAGGUGGAGUGGUAAAUUGACUUUUGUUGCCUCAAGAAUAAGAAUUGCUUCUGAUAUCAUCACUUUAGUACCUGAGGAUCCUUUUUAUGAUUUUUUUUUGCUACUGCUCAGCGCUCGCAUGUCUUGAGAGAGGCCAUGUCUGUUCUCUCUUCCACCCCCAUUUUAUUUCUUAACUAAAUUUGAUUAGGGAAGAAGCAGGUCAAACUGAAAUUUAUGUUUAUGAUAGAUCCAAAGUCAUGCAAUAAAAUAAACCCUUCGAACUUAGAUGUGUUCUUGAGCAUGUUUGUUUGCACUUUGCAGUGUAGGAGCUACCUUUCGCUAUUUAUUUGGAAGUGCUAUAAAGUAUAUUCAUCAAAUACAGGAGUAAAAGAAGAAGAUAAUGAUAAGAAAUCAAGUUGAACACUAUAGCAGACCAUUCAGGGAGGGUUGAAGAGGAGUCAAAAUCUUUAACAAUGAACUAAACAGAUGCCAAGAACAUUGAAUUUUAGUGUGAAAUAAGAUGAACAAAAGAAUCCAUCAAACUUCAUGGAAGAACUAACAAAUCUAUUGUUGAUGUUCGGUACUUGUCAACAUCACAUAUACUUCAAACACAAAAGAUGUCCUAUUUUUCUUGAAUGUGGAUUCCUUGCAUUGCACCAGAUAGUAUCAAAGGUAAUAAAUUAAUAUACGGAGGAGCAUGGUAGAUCAACAAGUGACAUCUUUAUUUAAUAGUGAUUUAUCUGAGGUUGUCGUGUAACUCCCAACUUCCAAGUGUAAUAUGUUUUUAGUAAAGGAGACUUGGGGAAUGAUGAAUAAGCAGCAUAAACAUGAGAAGGUUCCGAUGGAUGUUUGAUGACUAAAAGCGGGACAAGAUGACUGUGCCGAGAGGGGUUUUGAAAUCUCUUUAUAAACCAUUAAGAAGUGAUAUGUGAUCUCUCUCGGUUUCUAACCUAACGGCAGGUAAGCUUUCUGCUCUAAUUGGUGUUGACUAAGAUUUGCAGUCUCUUGCUUUCUUCUUCUUAUUUCCUCAGUUUCGAAGUACUCGCAGGUUUCGCUUUGAAACCAUUGAUAUUGGCUAUUAAAUAUUUCAUGUAAUUUAGGUAAAGGAAGAAGGAUUAGGAUCCUUGAGGAAUAUUGAUCUAAAUAUAUCAGGUGUUACAGUGUAUAUCAAUUUUCAAUCAUAUCUUUGUCUCUACAUUUCACUUGAUACUACACUUGAUACAAGUUCACACUUCACUGCCAUACAUCUUUUCAAACUUUUACCAAGGAUCUCAUUUUCUCCUGGAUCAGUAUAAUCAAGCCCAUAAGCAUUCUUUUGUUCUAAUCUUAUUCAAGGUUUUGGGAAGACUGGAUCUAAUUGAAUUCCUAGUUGACCCAGUGAUGUGGCUGUUUCACGACGAAGAAACCUUAAACUGGUUACCUUCUGUGACAUACUGCAAGGUUGGAAGUAUGAAAUGGGGAAGUUUCACUUGCAUUUCCUGCAAAUAAUUACCAUGUUGUGAUGUGAAAUUGUAUUACUAUCCCAUCACUGAAUGAAAGAAAAGAAUGCACAAAUGUUAUUCAGGAACAACAGGAAAGAAGAGGUCUCUCACCCAAUGAACCAAACAAGAUCCAAGCAUCUUUAUGAAGAUGGCAGCUCACAGGAUGUUUCUUGUUUAUUCUCGCUGCACCAGCAGAUGCUCAGCCCCCUCUUCUUAUGCCAAACAGCUCCACCAAAAGACUUCUUCUACCAACCAGAGAUUGCAGGCAGCACUGACAGUGAAUCCUUUCUUGAUCAAAAUACCUGCUGUCUUUAGCUUCUUGUUAUGCAUCACACCAAGGGAAAUCCUGCAUUAGUUUUUUAGAUGCUAAAGCAAGUCAAAGAAGAUGAUCUUACCGAUGACUAUUUUAUCGCUGGUAAACUGUUUCAGCAUGGGCCUCCUCCUUGUUUUGUUCUUCUUCUGCAUAGAACCUGAACCUUCUUUGACAGCUAGGUUGAAGAAUUCAUACAAUAAUCAAAGCUGAUAGCAGACUUAUCAGCUCAAGAAUGAGUUCUAAAUCUAAGAACUUUAACAAUGCAAAAUUACAACUAGUGCUACAAGAAUUACAACUCAUCUAAAACAACGUUAAAUGUUUUAGAUUAUAAAUUUUCAGUGUGGAUUUAUUCCAUCAAAGUAAAGCAGUUGUGAAGUAUUGCAAAGGUGAAAUGGCAAAUAAUUGUGUGUGUGUGUGUGUGUGUUUAGAAUGUGGCAAAUGAUAGUUGUAGUAGCAGCAGGCCUCCUCUGAUACUGUUUCUCUGGUUGCAGUACUUGCCCUGCAUGCUUGUUAUGCUAACAAAGUUGCUGGUUGGUUGUAUACUUCCAUUUUUUUCAUUAUAUUUGGUUAAAAUCAUUAAAUUGGAAGAUACAUCCACUUUCCAUCUUGAGUAGGAUAUGGAUUGCUCAACAGGAGGGCAGCUUGGGAUCACUUGCUCUUUCAAAACAAUUACAGAUUUGAAGUAUAUGUCAUCUGAGUUCUACUACUGAUGGGCUUAACAAUCAUUCCUCAAUCAUUGUUAACGAGGAUUGCCAAAUCUAAUAAAAAUCUUUCAACAACCUAUUUUAAGAAUUGGAUUAGGAAAAACAGUUUGAUCAUGCCCACUCUUUUUUGCUAAUAUUGUAUACCUCAUUUUGGAGCAUGAUUUGACACUGCCUACCUUUGUUUCUUUUGAUUUAUUCUUGGGUAAAAGGAAAGGAAUAGUUUGCUUUUGGAUAUAGUGGAAGUAUAGUUUUCUUAGUAUCUAAAAGAAAAAGUGUUCUGUGAUCUGUCAGAUUCCGUGGAAGUAUUAUUUGUCUUAAUGUCUCAGAUGUCACAUCCUUCAAUUUUGGUCAAGUAAGAAACCUUGGUUCUGGGCCUAAUCCAACAAAUUUUGCAUCAUAUAUUCCACAAUGUAAAUGGAUUAUUGUAUUUGUCACUUCCAAUCCUCUCAGGAAGGAUAUGGUUUCUUUUUGUAGUUCAAGCAUCGAUAGACAAUGCUUCGAAUGAAGUCAAGGUUAAACAGGAUGGAGAAUCUCUUCACCCAGAUAAAAAGGAUGGAGAAAGGGAAUGGAAUCCAUACAAACAAAGGAGAGCUACUCCACACAAUCCAGAUCAGUCUCUGGUGCGUUAGAUUAUGGUUAAGAUGGGAAGAACAAGGUACUAAGAGUCACUCUGGUGAUGAAACAGUUGCCCACCUGAAGCAUUUGGCCAUAACCCUAAGACCACUUUUGGAAGGCGGGUGACGGGACCCUCUCCCAUCCUUCUCCCCCCCCACACAGACCUAUCCACACAUGAUGUGUUGUGGUAUGGUGAGCCACCUUUUUGUGGAACACAAGCCAAACAAAACAAAACUUUCUUUAUCCCUCCUCUCAGCCUUUUCUUCUCCCUCUGCCCCCUCACCCUUUGCCCGAGCCAAGGGCCACCAACAGCCACAGGGCCACUGGGAACACACAAGCACAGCAAUAUAAAAAAGGCAUAGCCUUUCAGAGGGAGUGAGUGAGAUAGCAUAGAUGACUAGAAAAGGAACAGUACUACUGUUGAGAAAGAACAAGGGGAGCCUGUUUUGUUCCAUUAGCUUCUUCUCUUGUUCUCCUGCUAGUCUAGUCCUCUCCAGCUACUGGGAACAAGUACAAGAACUGUUCUAGCUAUGAUGGACAGUGGCUCUUUGGCUGACAUUGAUGAUGAGUAUGAAAAGUUGGUGAUUCAGCUGAACCCUCCAAGGGUCACGGUGGACAAUACCUCUAGCAGGAAGGCCACCUUGGUGCAGGUGGCCAGUGCUAAUAGGCACGGGAGCUUGUUAGAUGUGGUGCAGGUCUUGACUGAUCUCAACCUAAGCAUCAGCAGGGCUUACAUCUCUUCCGAUGGAGAGUGGUUUAUGGAUGUGUUCCAUGUUGUUGACCAGUGUGGGAAUAAAAUCUAUGAUAAUGAAGUCAUUGACCGUAUUCAACAGUCACUAUCAACAAGGGCACUAAGCUCCUGGUCGUUGAGAAGAUCUGUAGGCAUACAAGCCUCUUCAGAGCACACUUCGAUCGAACUAAUAGGCAGAGAUCGGCCAGGGCUGUUAUCUGAGAUAUUUGCAGUUCUUGUGGACCUCAAGUGCAAUGUCGUGGCAGCCGAAGUCUGGACACACAAUUCACGCAUGGCAUCGGUUGUUUACAUCACAGAUGAAGUAAAUGGAGGACCAAUUGAUGACAGCGAUAGGCUUGCUAAGGUCAAACGCCUCCUGCGCUACAUACUCAAAGGCGACAGAGACAAGAGUGCAAAGACUGCAAUAUCCGUGGGGGUUACUCAUACUCAGAGGAGAUUGCAUCAGAUGUUGUAUGCUGAUAGGGAUUAUGACAAGGAUGACACAGAUGGUGAAGACGCCACAAGUGAUAGGAGCAAGCCAGUCGUGACCGUAGAGAAUUGUACCGAGAAAGGGUAUUCGAUGGUGAACUUGAGAUGUAAAGAUCGACCAAAGCUACUCUUUGACACAGUCUGCACUCUCACAGAUAUGCAGUAUGUGGUGUUUCAUGCAACUGUCAUUGCUGAAGGGCCUGAAGCAUAUCAGGAGUAUUACAUUAGGCAUGUCGAUGGAAGCCCCAUCAGUUCAGAAGGAGAAAGGCAAAGACUAAUUCUGUGCUUGGAGGCUGCAAUCCGAAGAGGAAAUACAGAGGGUGUAAAACUUGAACUAUGCUGUGAAGAUAGGGUUGGCCUUCUAUCCGAUGUCACUCGCAUAUUUAGGGAGAACGGGCUCUCGGUCAGCCGAGCUGAGGUCACUACAAGGCGAUCUCAAGCUACCAAUGUGUUCUAUGUCACAGAUUCAUCAGGAAAUCCUGUUUGCAGCCAAAUGAUUGAGGCAGUGAGGAACGAAAUCGGGCAGACGAUUCUGCAGGUGAAGGAUGAGGCGAAUCCAAAUUCUUCAACAGAAAACACUGGGAAAUUCUCAUUUGGUAGCCUCUUCAGGUCCAGAUCAGAGAAGAUACUGCACAACUUAGGGUUGAUCAGAUCAAGCUCAAGAGACUCAUUUCCUCUUAACGAAUCUCGGUCUAUGUAGCAUCUACUUGUCUCACAAUCUGUCAUCUAACUCCAUGCACACCAUGACUUUGGCCUUGAGUGGGUGCUACUGGCCUGUGGAAGAUAACAUGUAUGAGAAGCUGUUGUCUGCUGUAAAUGGAAUCUAGUCCAUUGACAGAGUUUAUCUUCUUCCACUUUCUCCUCUUCAAUCCUCCGAAGCAGGUCCAGUUUAUGUAGUUAUUGUAUCUGGAAAUGUUUGUGCCGAGUUAGUAUAUGCUUCAAUCAA